AGUAAAAGUUGAUGUAGAUGAGCUUCAUGCACAGAGGAGUGAGAGCAUUAAGACUCUUCAGUAAGGCGGGGUCUGUGGUGUCCUGCGUGCGCGCUGCUGAAGAGAGGAGAUACUGUACAGCUGAACACUUCACCUCCUCCACUUUCACUUCUUUACUCCUGCACCCUUUAGCACAUCCACACUCUCCUGUAGACCUCAAAUUCCUUCUUUGCCAAACCUUAUUUAUGUCUGAGUACUUUUUAAAGAAAUAAAUCAUGACCUGACCCAGAAUACAUGAAGAAAUGAUGAUGGCACAUCAGCAGUCUCUGUUCGACUGUUUUCCGUAUUCCAGUUGAUCCAGAUUUAUUUUCUCUGUCUCUCUCUUGAAAUCUGGACAAGACCCUGACUCAACAUGGAGACAUUCACUUUACAUGACAUGCUUCAUAACAACACGGAUAUUUACAAAAUAUUGUGUGAAUUCGCCUUCAGGAACAUAUCCGAGUGCGAGAACGCCAGCGACCAGGUCACAACAACGGCAGCGCCGGAACCUAAAGAUAUAAACCAGACAGUGCGGAUCAUUCUCUACUGUGUGAUCUUCCUGCUGAGUGUUCUGGGGAACAGCCUGAUCAUCACAGUGCUGGUGAGGAACCGGCGCAUGCGGACCGUUACCAACCUCUUCCUGCUCUCUUUAGCUGUCAGUGACCUGAUGCUAUGCAUCUUCUGCAUGCCUUUCACCCUCAUUCCCAACCUGAUGAAGAACUUUGUCUUCGGUAGCGGCAUUUGCAAAGUGGCCACCUACUUCAUGGGUAUCUCAGUAAGUGUGUCCACCUUCAACCUGGUGGCCAUCUCUCUAGAGCGCUACAGCGCCAUCUGUAAUCCACUAACAUCGCGCACGUGGCAAACCAAAUCGCAUGCCGCCAAGGUGAUCAGCGCCACAUGGCUGUUAUCUUUCCUGCUCAUGGUGCCGUACCCAAUCUCCAGCACGCUCGUACCAUACCGCCGCAACAACAACAGCACGGGCAACAUGUGCCGCCACAUCUGGCCCAGCGACAUCAUCCAGCAGUCAUGGUACGUGUUCCUGUUAUUGAUCCUUAUCCUGGUGCCAGGAAUUGUGAUGAUGACAGCAUAUGGACUAAUUUCUGUUGAGCUCUACAGAGGAAUCAAGUUUGAAAUGGCUAACAGAAAGGCAAGCCGAGAGAGACAGAGCAGCACAGGAAGCCUGAAGCCCAGCGAGUGUGACGGCUGCUAUCUUCAGGCCUCAAAGAAGAAGCGCUCAGACGCAUCCACCAGUCAGCAAUCGGCACUUCUUGCUUCCAACAGCAAAACCAAGCUAAACCGUGUGUGCAGCAACAGCCCCACAAACAACCUGAUGGCCAAGAAGCGUGUGAUCCGCAUGCUGUUGGUCAUUGUGGUGCUUUUCUUCCUCUGCUGGACGCCCGUGUUUGCGGCGAACGCCUGGCGGGCAUUUGACAAACGUUCGGCUGACCGCCUGCUCUCUGGAGCUCCCAUCUCCUUCAUCCACCUGCUCUCAUACACCUCUGCGUGCGUCAACCCAAUUAUAUACUGCUUCAUGAACAAGCGCUUUCGACAAGGAAUGCUAGCCACCUUCUCCUGCUGCACAGGACACGUGGACAGAGAGGGCCGGGGCAGCGGGCGCCUCAGCGCUGGAGCAGCAGGAGGGGGAUUAGGAGGAGGUGGUGCACUUGGAACUCUGGGAUGCGCUGGAGGGGGCGGGAAGGAGAACACACAGUCCAGCAGGAUGCUCACCGGGCUCACGCACAGCAGCAUCCGUGGGUCAGCACAAGCAUAGCAGAGUGAAACGAGGAGGAGAAAUUUCACACUGCUGGAUUCCUUUAAUGAUCAUCUGCUCCGUGGUGCUUUCUGCAAAGAUUUCUAAGAUUGGAAUGGGCAGAAAAAAAGUUGCCUACUGAUUUUCAACCUUUUUCUAAUGAGGACCCUUUUUCUUUAUAAUACUUUCAAUCUAGGCAGCUCAACGGCAGUUUUCCUGAAAUUUAUUUUGAAACACUGCUCCCAAAACCCCAGAGCAUUAUCUGAGAACUCACUGAUAAAUGAGACAUUAAGUCUGCAUGCACUGCUGGACAAAAACACUGACAGACUGAUGUUCCUGUCCAGUGUUUAAAUUUGAAUUCGUGUCACUGGUGAGUAAACAGAUACAUCAAAUGGAGCAUGACUGUGCAUGGAUUAGAGUCACUCCAGUCUGCAUUAGGGCACUGACUCGUGCACGAGCCUUUUAUGAAACACAGGAGUUGAUGGAUUGAUUCUGGUUCAUCUCCAUCUACGUGCAGAAAGCGAGGAGAGGAGGUUCAUUAAGGAUAAGGAAAUUUAUCUGUUCAUCAAUACGGUUUUAUCUUCUGCAUAGUUUGAUAGGUUUGAAACCUCUCAUCUAGCAAAGAUGACAAGAUAUGGAAAAAAGUUUGCAGCUUAAUGGAGUUAUGAAAGGAAAGUCUUAAUACUUUCCUUAAAUCCACUGGAUGUAUAAAAUAGUUCACACUCCGAUAAAGCAACUCCAGCCUGUUCUUUAGACCACACUAGUUGUUUCUAGCCCUUUGCAGAUAAUUUGCUGGUUUAGGGUUAGACAAACUCGAACUCGACAGAGACAAAACACAGAUCAUUUCAUCUGACUUAUCGUAUUUUCACCACUAGUUGUGUUUCAGACUUCUGUGGCAAACACCAGGCUUUGCAAGGGAUUGAGGUUGUCCAGAUGCUCAGAAAAAACACACAGCUAACACUUUCCGAGACUGUACAGACCUCCAGCAUAGCCGAACCUCGAGCAGUCCUUCAGAACGAUGCCAAACGAACAUACCCAGAAGUCAGUUUGAAGUCGUGUUGUGUACAUAAUAUGAACCACGUAUAAUUUACUUCUUUGGGCCAUUAUUCAAAUUGCAAGAUUAAAAAAAACCAAACAAAUAUAAAUUAUGUUUGCAUCUGUUUAUAUAUAAAUACACUGAAUCAUCUGGGCAAGCCUGCAUACUUCUGUAGUUACAAUCGAUUGUCAUUGCCACUCAAACAUGUAGAAAUGUGUAAAUACAGCUUUGUACAGCUUCUGUGCUUAUGGCGAAUGUCAGAACAACACUACAUCAAACCUUUUUUUUAGUCUCCCAAAGGUACACAGUGGAUUCUUUAUCCAAAUACUGUGUGUUCUUUCAACCUGUACAGAUUGUGCCUUUUAUUUGAUCGGUCGCUCUUUCUUAUCUUCCCAUGAGACUUUUCUCACCUGUCAGCAACAUGAAAGCAUCAAGCCAAGGCCUGUCACUAAAGCCUGGGCCAAAGGAAAAUGUUGCAUGUUGUAUGACUUGCAUUUCUGGAUGAAAUACUGUUUCAUUUCUGCUUGUUGUUGUUGUUUUUUUGGUUCAUUGUAUGUAGACUGUGUGAAAUAUACUGCAUUACUCCACACAUUCAAGACAGUGUAAUUGCUCAUGAAUGAUUUUUGGUGGUGACUAAACACUGAACAUAAUAAAGGCUUGA